GUUUCCCGUGACUGUGGAAACGCUAUAAAGAGAAAGUCGGCUUCCCUUCUCCCCAGCAGUCAGCAGCCCGGGUCCCAUCCCCAGCACUCGGGCCUCCGUGGCCUAGCAAAGAGGGCGCGCGUUGGUGCUGGGGCUGUCCCUGCUGCCGGAGCCAUGCAGCAGCCCUUGAAUUACCCACACCCCCAAAUCUAUUGGGUGGACAGCGCUGCAAGCUCUCCCUGGGGCCCGCCGGGGGCCGUUUUCCCUUCUCCGUCUUCUGUGGCUUCAAGGACUGGCCAGAGGAGACCACUCCCGCCGCCACCGCGGCUACUGCCACCGCCACCGCUGCCGCCGCCACCGCUGCCGCCACCACCGCCACCGCUGCAGCAGAGGAGAGACAGCAACUCCGGCCUCUGGCUCCUGAUGAUGUUUUUCAUGAUCCUGGUGGCCCUGGUUGGAUUGGGGAUGGGCUUGUACCAGCUCUUCUAUCUCCAGAAGGAGCUGGCAGAACUGCGUGAGUCUGUCAGCCAAAGGCACACAGAAUCACCUUUGGAGAAGCAAAUAGGCCACCCCAGCCCACCUUCCGAGAAGAAGGAACCAAGGAAAGCUGCCCAUUUAACAGGCAAUCCCAACUCCAAAUCCACCCCCCUGGAAUGGGAAGAUACCUACGGCGUUUCCUUGGUUUCUGGAGUGAAGUACGUGCAGGGCAGCCUUGUAAUCAAUGAUACCGGGCUGUACUUUGUCUACUCCAAGGUAUACUUCCGGGGCCAAUCCUGUACUAAUCAGCCACUGAGCCACAAGGUCUACACAAGGAACUCUAACUACCUCCAGGAUCUGGUACUGAUGGAGGGGAAGAUGAUGAACUACUGCACCAGUGGCCAGAUGUGGGCGCGCAGCAGUUACCUGGGGGCCGUGUUCAGCCUCACCACCGCAGACCACUUAUACGUCAACGUGUCGGAACUCUCCCUGGUCAACUUUGAGGAAUCUAAGACAUACUUUGGCUUAUAUAAGCUCUAAGGAAAGCCCUUUAGGAUGGUCUCCAUGUGACUCCUUGUUAUAGGUACUGGGAAUAGUGUCGUGAGGGUCUUCUUGAACCUGAUUGAGGUCAGGUGAGAAGAAUACGAACCACAGAGACCUUGAGACCACAAGACCCAGCAGGUCUGGGGCGCACCAGGCCGCCCGAGGUUGACUCCCCAGGAACGGGAGCUCUGAGCAGCCGGUGACGAUGCGGAGGCCUCCUCCGGCGGUGUAGACACAGCACAAAUGCCCCAGAGCACUGGCACACGCCGCAGGAGUCUUAACCUGCCGGCCAGGGUGGGUGUCCUUGCUACCUCAGGGGGCUGGCCUUCAGAGGCAUGGGUGACGCGCGGAAGUCUUAAGUAGGGAAAAGGAAGGCGAGGCUUCAGUGAUAAGCUAAAGAGACACAAAGAGGUGGCUGACUUUGGCAGCUCUUUGCUUCUAAGUAGACUAUCCCGGGCUGCUAGUGAUAGUGAGCAGCGGAAGGACCUUUGGGGGAAUUCAAGCCCAUUUUCCACCUAGAGUGUGUACUGCCAGAGCAAUUUGUGUGUGCGAGAGAGAAGCAAAGAGGGAGACAGAGAUCCUGGGUAACAGAAGUGGAGAGAACGUGGAUUAUUUUUGUGAAGCACACAGUAGGACUACAUGCUGGAGUAGGGUAGAUUUUGAAUUCUUCUUUAUCAUCAGCUCUGCUAGUCCUCAGACCUCUUUGACUGGUCAGUGACCAUAGCUUUAGAGAUAUUUAUAUCAAUUUUGUGCAUUUUAAGGAAGACAAGACAUGUAAUAAAAGCUAUAAUUUUCAGAAUAUG